UCGCGCCUGUAAAGCUUCCAUCAACAACAAGCUCACACUCCUUAAGAUACCACCAAAAUGGCAAGCGGCACUAGGAGAGUUGCUUUGCUAUCUUUACUUUGUCUUCAUGUUUUUGUAGUGAGUGUGGUUGCAAGGAACGUGGUGAGUGUGAAGAACGAGGAGGAAAAGUUUCUAACCAUUCAGAAGGGAGGUGGGUUUGGUGGGGGAGGUGGAUUUGGAGGUGGAGGUGGUGCUGGCGGUGGGUUUGGAGGUGGUGCUGGUGGUGGUUUCGGUAAGGGUGGCGGCAUUGGUGGUGGAAUUGGUAAGGGUGGUGGAGUAGGAGGUGGUGCUGGUGGUGGCUUUGGCAAGGGUGGUGGCUUCGGCAAGGGGGGUGGCAUUGGUGGUGGGAUAGGUAACGGUGGCGGUGUAGGAGGUGGUGCCGGUGGUGGCUUUGGCAAGGGCGGUGGAGUUGGAGGGGGUGCUGGUGGUGGCUUUGGUAAGGGUGGUGGAUUUGGUAAAGGUGGAGGCAUUGGCAAGGGUGGUGGUAUUGGAGGAGGAGCUGGUGGUGGAUUUGGAAAAGGUGGUGGAAUUGGUGGCGGUCAUGGUGGUGGAAUUGGUGGUGGUCAUGGUGGAGGUGUUGGAGGAGGAGCUGGUGGUGGAUUUGGAAAAGGUGGUGGAAUUGGUGGCGGUCAUGGUGGUGGAAUUGGUGGUGGUCAUGGUGGAGGUGUUGGAGGAGGAGCUGGUGGUGGAUUUGGAAAAGGUGGUGGAAUUGGUGGUGGUCAUGGCGGAGGUAUUGGAGGAGGAGCUGGUGGUGGAAUUGGUGGCGGUCAUGGUGGUGGUGCUGGAGGAGGAUUCGGCAAAGGUGGUGGAGUUGGUGGUGGGGGUGGUUUUGGAAAAGGCGGCGGCAUUGGAGGAGGGAUUGGUAAAGGGGGAGGAUUUGGUGGGGGCAUUGGAGGUGGAUCUGGUGGUGGUAUCGGUGGAGGAGCAGGUGGGGGUAGUGGAUUUGGUGGAGGAGUUGGUGGAGGAGCAGGUGGAGGCGGUGGAUUUGGUGGAGGAGCAGGUGGAGGUGGUGGAUUUGGUGGUGGUGGCGGCUUUGGUGGAGGAGGCGGUGGUGGGAUUGGACACCACUAAACCUCACAUUGCAUGGAGUCUCAUACUAAGAAUGAGAUUUUUUUUUCUUUUUUUCUUUUUUUGUCAAGAGUGAAACAAAAUAAGAAUGGGAUAUAUUACUAAUUAUUAGCUUCAUGUAUUUCUGUAUCAGUAAUUUAAAAUAUUUUAUAGUUGCACUGGCAA